AAGCUCCGAUCGAUUACUUCAGACGGACAUGACUUGCCACCUCGUUCACCGAGUUGUUCGAAGUGGCGAUUAAGCAUUUUUUUAGAAACUAUUAACGCCAGUAACACUAAAAAUGAGAGCGAACAAUGAUUUCUUAUUAUAAAUAAUUCGAGCUCUUUUGUUAUGGCGAAGACUGUGCAUUUGUUCAAGAGAUAUUGUAUUUGACUAGCGUCGAUCUUUUGAGUGAUACAAAAUGGAGGAAGAGCAACGUAGGUUGAAGUUGUUAGAUGAUCUGCAAAAAUACGUUCCGUUUUUGAGGGCAAUGAUCGCUAAUUUACAAAAUUCUUCAAAAACUCAAGAAAAACAAAGAAGUCCUCAAUUAAGCAAAAUGAUGUCCUUGUUGUCCCUUCUGACAGAUCAAAAAAGAAAAUUGAAAGCCCAUACCCUUGAGAAGUGCGAAGAUGUUUUGCGAAAGCUCUACGACAAAAUGGAAUUGAGUGCUUCUGUGAAGAAGCGCAACUAUCCAAAAAUCGCGAUGUUAGAUUCAAAUAUCAAAGAUGGAACGGAUAACCCAAUCCAUUCGCCUUUAAAUAUUAUACUUGAUAGGCUAAAUGCAUCGAAUUCUUCAGCUCCUGCUAGUCCUAGUCCGCCUUUGUUUGAUUCUAAUUUGAAUAUACCUAUAAUAAUUCCCACUGAAAGAGUAUGCGAAGAAUCUUCAAACUCCCCACAACGCGUGAAACCUCUGGCACAAGAUAAUAAAAAUACGUAUUCUGCAAGUGUAGAUAAUUCUGAUGUUUUGUUUAUGCGACGACCAGCAACUUCAUGUAAAUCUAAUUCCAGAGGAAAUGAUGAUUCACAACAUGUAUUGCCAAAAUCACCAUCUAGAACUAUAAAUACUUCACCUUCUCAAUUUUCUCCAAAAAAAAUAGAUUUAUACAGAAGUGAUAACACCGAUUCUUAUAUACAACAAACCAAUAUAUCAAAAUGCAGUCCUACUGCAGAAAAAAGAAGAAUAACUGUUUUCGAUAGAUUAGGAGAAAAGUUAGUGCAUACUGAAAGCCCAUUAGUAAAUAAUAGUAAAAAAACACCUUUGAAAUGUUCUAAUGAUAAAGUUCCAAAAAGUGCAACUUUAAUCACUAAUCUCACAAAACAACUAAAAGAAGCUCAAUUGCAACAAGAAAUUGAAUCAGAUAUAGCUAAUUAUUUGACGCAAAAUGAAGAAAAUGAUUUUAUUAAAAAUACAAAUACUCUAACUGGAAAAAUUUCCAAACCGAAUCAAUCCGUUGUUAUGCCAAAGAAACAAGAAUCUUCUUGCGGUAUUAAGAAGUCGACACCUGUACUUAAAGCAACAACUCGUAAAUUGGAAGACUCAAGUGUUUUUGGUGAUGUUCUAGCCAAACUAGAUAAAACCUUAAUAGAUAACGUUAGUAAAAAUCCAAAACAUAAAACCACAGAGUUUAAGGAUUCUAAAGAAGAUAAAAGUAUAUUAGAACAAAAAGAACUUGAUAAAAAAUUGACUGGCUCCGGGCAUUUAAUACAACCGCGACAUGAUGAAAUGCAAUUGCCUCAAUUAGAUAACAAUGAAAUUAAAAAACAAACCAUAACUCGAUCUUUUGAAGAAUGUUCAAAGACUGUUAGUAACAAAGAUAAUUCUUUGUCUUCCAGAAAUGUAUUUGACGAUUUAUCGAAAAAAGAACAAAGCUCUAGCACGUUUUCCCAUGAGAAUAAAAUGACUAAAAAACCUGUUGAAAACUAUGAACGAUUAUCUGAUAAAUACCCAAGGAAAAGGAUUUCUGAUAGUGGAAAUGCAGAGUAUAUGCAAAAACAUACGAGUUCUCACUUGUUGCCAAGUAAUAAGAGUGCUGUGAAAAAUGCUGAUUUUGAACAAAAGAAGAUCUUAAGUAGCAAACUAGACCCUAACCCGUUUGGGAAAAUUAUACAUUCGACAGAAGAAAAUUCUAAGCUUAUAAACAUACCUGAUAUAAAACCCAAUGAUCCAAGAAUUAAAACAGUUAGCUCUCCUAGAUCUGAACCUCUUCCUCUUGUUACUAAUUAUGAUAUGCCAAAUACAAAAAAUAGUACAUUUUCUGAAUCUCGGAGUAGAUACACCUUUCCAUCUAUAUUAGAUAUGGAUUAUAGAUAUGUUCCUAAUCAAAAUUUUGUUCACUCACAAGCAGUACAACCGCAAACAUUUACUACUAAUCCUAAAUCAAAUUUUAUGCCGCGCCACAAUAAUCAGAAUUUCCAUCAGAAAACACCAUUGCUACCAACACCAAAUUCAAAUAUUCGUAACUCCAAAGAUUUUACCAAUUCGGAAAAAUGUUACGUUUCGGCAUCUCAUGAAUAUCAAAACACUGACUAUUUUUACGACAACGCGGAUCAACGAAUAUCGAAAAAUGAUUAUUAUGAUCAUCAGUUCGAUUAUAGAGACCGCGUGCAAUUUGAUCUGAAUGAACAUAGUUCACUGAAAUAUAAUAAACAUGAAUUUAUGCAUUCUAAUUCGAGAUUUCACGAUAACUCUCGAUCUCAUUAUCGAGGUAACAGUGCAUACGGUCGGGAUAACAAAUACAGGUGGAGUAGAAGCCUCUCUAAAAUGAGCGAUCCGCGAACAUUUCGCACAGAUGAUUCUAAUUGCCAUGUAGAAAAUGAUAUUGAUUAUAGAUCACCGAGAGAAAAUACAUCUUCUGCUUUAAAUUUAAAUAAGUCUUCAUCAUUCCUUGAGGAAAGUAUAACCCAAAAUUCUUCCAAAGUUACUGAUGUUAAACGACCCUCUCCUAAAGAAAGUAAAUGUAUCUCUAAUAGUAGGUUUAAACAUAAUGAUAAGAUACAAAAUAAAUCUCCACCGAGAAAAAAUCUGCAUGAUCCCAAUACAAAUACAAAAGAUGCAAUUAAAUCUUUCAAAAUACCUAAAAUUAAAAGAGAUCCCGAUCAACAAAGUAAUAAUCCCACUACAAAUGUAAAUUCUUUAGACAUAAAUAAUCAAUUAAAAGACAUCGCAAAGACACCUCAUGACGUUAAAAGCACAAUAAUGAAUAAUGACAAAGUGGACAUUAAAUCACAGUCCGUGAUCUCUGAUUGCAAUAAUGUGAAAAACAUCAACACGAAAGAUGAGAACGUUAGUAACGAAGAGAAAGUUCUAUUAACAAAAUUAUUAGAUAUGAUAUCUGGGAUCUAUAAAGAUAAAAAGGAGAAACAGAGCGAUACAGAGGAUCAAUUAAAUAUAUUACAAAAAUUGGAAGAAAAAAUAGGCUCUAAAAAGGUAGAGAAAAUAAAACAGAUCAUUGAUGGUGAUUCUGAUGAAGACAUUAAUGAUAAUAAAAGCAAUAUAAGUGAAUCACCUAUAUUUAAAAAAACAAAAAAAAGGAUAAAAAAGAUCGAAUCCGAUUCUUCGGAUGAAGAUGUUACAGAUUCGAAUAAACAUACUAAUUAUGAAUGUAAUGAAAAUUCAAAUGAAGUGCAAGACAUUGAAAAAAAAGUUGUGAAACCUAAAAGGCGAAACGCAUUAGAAAUGUUGCAGCAUGAUGUGCGAGAUAUGUUUAUAUGUGAAGGAGUUCUUACAGCAACGGGAAGACGUAUGUGUAGGAUUCUUAAGGAAGACAGUAUUAUGGAGACGAACUGCAUUUUAAAUACAGAUGAUUUAAAAUCUAAUUCAUGCCGUAAAAACCGCAAAAAUUUGAGAAAAAUCAAUUAUACUGAAUCUAAAGAUGAUUUGACCUUGAACACUGAAGAAGAAAAUGAAACGUUCAAAUCGAAAUCUAGUAUGCAUAUGCAACCUAGAAUAAUUCUAGAAAAAUUAAAAGAUUUUGAUUGUCAAUUAGAAAUAGAAGAAAACAUUUGCCGAGGACGUAACGUUGCUAGAAGAGGCAGGGGAAUUAGCAUUUCUGCGCGAACAUUGAGGAAUCCUAUUAGAAAUGAGAAGAUAAACACGAAUUUAAAUAAAUGCGACGCUGAAAACCAAAAUGUUAUUGAAAAGAAUGGUCAGUGUGAGGAUAUAGCAUCAGAAAAUACUGAAGAUAAAAAUGAUGCUGUCGAUAAGGAACAUAAUUCAAUCCCUGAAAAGUGUGAUAACCUAAUGUCUGAUUCUGGAGAAAAAAAUAUAGUAAAAGUAGGUUUAAAUUUAAAGAAAAAAAAUAAACGCAAGGGCGCUUGGAAAAUGGGAAUUUUGCGCAGUAAACGCAAAAUUAAGAGAACAGUUUGUGAUAAUAUUGAAGCUGCUAGUGAAAAUAUCAAGAAUAUUGAUAUGGAAAAUUUAGAGCAAAGUUCACCAGUUAGUGAAAAAUCUAUCGACAACUUUCCAUUGAAUACUGAUGAAAAUUAUUUUGUUGAUUGUAGCGAAAAAUACUCUUGUAAGCUAUGCACAUUUACGGGAAAAAUGAUUACGAUACACUAUGUUCAUAACCAUCCUAAUAAUGAAGUAUAUUCUUCGAGAAUGAAUCCUACUGAAGCUGAAAUCGCAAAGCAUUCAUUUUGUGAGACGAAUCAAGGACAAGUAGAAGACAAGUCAGAUAGUACAGAAUUGAGUUAUGAAUGUCGUUUUUGUAAAACAAUUAUACUUAAAGAAGAUACUGCUUUUUUAUUUGAACAUUUAUCUAUUCACACCGGUGAGUUUCGCUAUAAAUGCAAUGUUUGCGAUUAUCGUAUCAUGAAAACAGAUUCGUUAAAACACCAUUUUAAAUAUCGGCACAAGUUUUCGAAAGUACCAUUGACUCCGUGCAUUAUGUACGACGUUCCUAAUACCAAUGGUACUUACAUUUUUGGUUAUAUGUGCAAAUAUUGUAAUUUUACACAAAUUUUUGAAAACAACAUUAAACGGCAUAUUCGUACGAAUCACCCGGGCAAGGAACUUAGUAUUUCUAAAGUUAAUAUGUUUAAAAUAUCUAAGUGUAUUUUAAAUGAAUCUAAUGAAAACAGCAUUGUAAAUAGAAGCGAAAAUAAAUCAACUGAUAACGUCAACGAGGACGUAGAUUUCAAUGAUUAUAAAAAGAUCGACGACGGACCACCAUUAAUAGUUCAUGACCUCGUUUCGAAUCAUGAAUAUGGAUUGAAGAAUGAUUCUAAUAAAAAACCUUCAGAUAACACUGCUGAAAUUGUAUCAUCAGAAUCUGCAAAUAUUCUUGUUGAUAAAAAUCCUUUUCUGCUUGAAAAAGAGGCAGAACUCUCAAAAGUAGAUAUUACAUUCAGCGAUGUCUUAAUAAAUAAUUCGAGACCUAUGUUCGAACCAUUUUUAAAGAAAAUGAAAAUUACCGAUGCUCUGCAAUGUAAAAUAAAUAACAUGAAUGAAAAUGUUGUAGAUGAAGAUAAUGAAGUUUUACCACAAAAUGAUAAUGCUCAAAUUAUUCUCGAUAACAUAACUUCUGACAAUACUGAAACGUCUCAAAAAAUAAUUUCUGGAAGCAAUUUGGAUUUCGAUAAAAAUAUAACAACUGAAACUAAAGAUAUAACUAGUGACAUUCAACCAGAAAUAUCGGAUAAGGUGAGAGCUAUCAACCUAGAUUUUUCUUUCGCCAAAUCGGUAAAUGUUGCGGAUACACCUAAAUCGGAAUUGCGCAUAUCGGAUGAACAAGAUUCAAAUGAUUCGGAAGUAUAUAAUUCGCCUCAACCAUUUGUGAACGUCGAUGAAGUCUUAAACAGUAUUGAGAAAAAUGUUUUGACGCCUAGCGUAAUGUCCGAUACUAUACAAAGGUUAGCAAGCAGUCUUAUAUCUAGCCCAGCGAAAUCCAAAACACUUUACCCAGAUAGUGCUCAGGAAUCCGUCAUAAAUGAAAAUAAUUUACACGAUAUAUCGAAAGAAUUCAUUCUGCAAGAAGGACCGCCACCUUCAGAACCUAUAUCAUUGAAUGUUGUAAGGCAAAGAAGUACGAAACUGCAGAUUGGCACUAUAAGAAUCAGCAUUACGAUGGACAAUAAAAAAAUGUAUGAAUGUUUUGAGAAGGGGUGUGUUUAUAACUCCGAAAGUGAUUCUUUAUUUUUAGACCAUAUUGAAAAAUGUCAUAGUCGCAGUAAAUGGAAUGGUGUUUGCUUCAUUUGCAAUAAUCCUGUUGAAACACCUAACGAAGACUCUCGGGACGGUUUCCCACUCGCUGUCUGCCUUCAGCAUAUAUUAAAACACGAUUCAGAAAUAAAGAAUGAGCAAGAAGAAAUUGUGAAACCAAAAGGGUUUCUUAAGAUGCGGAGGUUAUCAGGAGACAAGUUAUCUAUUAUUAAACCUUCGUCGUCCAAUAAUGUUCAGAAAUGUAAAGAUGAAGAUUCCUUUUUAAAAAUAGUUGACGUUGUUAGCUUGAGUACUGAUGCCAGUUUAUCAAAUGCAUUUUCUGAUCAGUUAUCAGAAGAUUGUGCCAUCGAAAUAACAAAAAACACAAAAAUCACUCAAACCAAAUUUGAUUCAAAACCGUGGCUUCCAGAUAGCAACUGCAUUAAAAAUGAUUUUACCGAUGAAAUGUUUAAACAUACUUACAAAUGCAUGGGGCAAAGCUGUUUUUUUACAAGCAAUGAUCAUACAGAAUUUCAAAACCACCUUUUACUUACGCAUCAACAUCAACAGGGAAAUGAGGAUUAUUUACAGUGUUGUUAUUGCGUCAAAAAAUACGAGAGCAUUAUUUCUUUGAGUGGACAUAUCCGUAAUCAUAGAAAUUGUGUAUAUCAGUGCAGGCAUUGUUUCUAUAGGUGCUUCUGUAAAGUUCAGAUAAAUAUUCAUAUUGAAUCUUACCAUAAAUACUCUAGCAUACCUAAUGUAAUACUUUUAAAUAUAACACUACCUGAAUGGAGAAAAUGGAGACUCAGUAAUUCUGGUGACUUGAAUAAUGUUUUACCGUAUAUCUGUAAAUUUGAAGACUGCAAGUUCAAGAAUAAAAAUAAGGGUGGUUAUGCCAGACAUCUGCAAACGCAUAAUAUGACGAAAUGGCCUUGUUUUAUAUGUGACGAUGUGUUUAUUUCCAUAUCUGAUUUAUUAGUACAUACUGAAAUUCAUAAUAUAAAUUCUUUACAAUGUUGUUAUUGUAUUUUUGGUGCUAAAGAUAAUAAACAAAUUUUAGAACAUUUAGCACAUCAUCAUUCUGAAAUGCCAGCAACAGUCUUUGUGCGAUCAGAAAUUUCGAAUAACCAAGCAAAUUUACAAGAGAUACAGAAAUGUAAUUUGGAAGUUGCUGAAUUACUGCCCAGUGUUGUUCUUUUAAACAUUGAUAGAAAUGUAGAUGGCGUUAUGAAUCCAACUAACUCAUUAAUUACUGCUUGUGAUGAUGACCAUAUAAAUCCUUGCAAAACAUUAGAUGAAAGUAUCAAUUUUGAUGAUGAUAACUUAGUUAUAGAUGAGUCAUGCUCAAAUGAUUUACAUGAAAUAAGUGAAAAUGAACAUACAUCCAUGAUUUCUAACAAAAGAGAUGAAGCAUUAGAAACUUCUAUGAAAAACAUAGGAUUGACAAUUGAAUCCACAGAUUCAAUAAUUAAUACCUCUAAUAAAGGACUUGUUGUAAGUGAUACGCCAAGCAAAAGUUCCUCUAUAGAUUCUGCUUCACACCAUAUAAAUUCAACAUCAUGUGCACAAACUAAAACAACUGUUUUCAAUGUUGCUAAGAUGCAAAAUAAGUCUACUAUAAGUGAACAGGUUAUUAAACAAUAUGCAAUUAAAGAGAACAACAUUGCAAAUAUUGAUUUAAAUGUUGUUAAACAUCUUGGUAUUGAGAAUUGUAAAUUAUUUCGAUGUUCAAAAUGUGAUGUUUCAUUUGAAAGUAGUUUAUCCUUCAAACAGCAUCUUAUAGGUUGUAUGAAAAAUGGGUACCUUCUUUCAUGUUCCAUUUGCAUGAGAUCUUUCAAGAAUAUCGGUCCAUAUGUUGACCAUUUAAAAAUUCAUGGAAUUCAUAGAUAUAGCUGUGAAUUUUGUCCAUAUCGGACAGCAAGAUCCACAGAAAUUAAAUUGCAUGUAAUAAAUAAGCAUAAAGAGACUGCUGUAUACAUGGUACCUUUAGAUCCAUUAAAAACAAAUCCUGAUAGAGAUUUCUUUAAAUGUACUAAUAAACCACCCAAUGAAUUAUCAAACGUUACUAAUUAUGCACCAACUAAAAGCAAUUCAUAUACACCUAGUGAUAUAGAUAAAUUACCAAGAAAUAGUAUUUAUUUUAAAGAUGUUGAAUGUGCUUUAUGUCCAUUUAAAACGAAAGUGAGAACUAACAUAAUAAGACAUUUACAACAGCACAAGUCAGACAAUUCUGUGCCAGAAGUGUGUCCAGUUAACCCUGUACCUUGCUUGGUAACUAAUGAAAAAUAUUUUGAUAAAAUGAAAAACUUGGCCUGCAGUAGUCAUGUUGAAAAGGCUGAAAGUGGAAAUAUGUCAAAUAUUAUAAAAAAUGAAAAUGAACUUCCUAAAUUUGUCAUUGAACCUAAGAGAUACGUUUGUGGAAUCAUAGGAUGUACAUACCUAACAGUCAAUGAAGAUAUGUUGCGCCAUCACUAUUUAGCACUUCACGCUGAAGAGACAUGUUAUAUGUGCCCCCAUUGUCCUAAUAAUUUAGAAAAAUUUACUGGUACUAUUAAUAUUGAUAAGAUAAUAUCCCAUCUAAAGUUGCACGAUACCAGGCUAUAUAAAUGUCCAUACUGCAAUUAUCACAAAAGUCAGAAGCAUAUCAUAGAAAGACACGUAGCUGAUAAACAUCCAAAUUCUGUUAAUCAAGUUAUAGUAAUUCGUGAAGAUUCAAAUUUGAAUGUAAAGAUGCCUAAGAAGGAAAUCAGAUCAAAAACUUGGAUGUGUGGUUUAUGUGAUUAUACAGCAUAUGAUAAAACAGAAAUAGUUAAACACACUUGGGAAGAACAUGGUAUGAAAUCUCAGUAUAAAUGUGCUCUCUGUCAGUAUCGUUGUUCAUACAAAAAUAGUUUUACCAAUCAUUUUGCUGCAAGGCAUAUAAAUCACCCUGUUGAAAUAGUAUCUGUUUAUAAGAAAAUAGAAACAAAUGCAAAUGAAAAACAAAUGCCACCUGAUGAACAAGCAACAAAUGUUGAUACAACUCCUUUAUGGUUAAAAAGUAGUACUGGUUUGAGGCAUAUAAGAGGUAUUUUACUGGAAGAAGAGAAUUUAGAUAAAAAUGUUGAAUCCUCUCAAUCAAUAAAAACACCAAUAAAACGAAAGAGAAGUAUCACACCUAAUUAUUCUGAAACUUUAACUAUAGGCAAAUCUGUGGAAAGUGUUCCACAAAAGGAACAUAAAUUGAAGCUAACUGUUGAUUCUCAAUUAUUUGAAAAUACCAAAAUUCAUUCAGACAGAAAAAGAAUAAAUUCUAUAAAUAAAGAUGAUGAUACUAAUAGAAUUAUUGAAAGUGUAGUAUCAGUUGCUAAAAAGCCCAAGCUGAUACCAUGUUAUGAUUUAACAGAUACAACUAAUAACCCAACAUCAGUUUCAACAAUAAAACCUAAAAAUGUACCUUCUUUAAAAAUUAAAAAUAAUUCAACACCUACAGAUGUGAUUGAUGAUGUUAUAUGUUUAAGUUCUGAUGAAGAUGAGGAGCCAGAUAACUUUUUAUCUGAUUUACCGCCUUUGCUAGAUGAAGCAAGAUAUGGCGAACCACUAAAUGAUAAAUAUCACUGUUCAUUCUGUGAAGAGUUUGUAACCUCUGAAGAACAUGAAAUGUUUGGCCAUUUAUGUAAUGAGCUACAAUAUGUGAGGUAUUCAUGCAAAUUCUGCAAUUAUGUGUCAUGGGAUGUUGAUCAAUUGGUAUCACAGUGCAAGAAAACUCAUCCCAAUGCAAAACCUUCUAUAGAAGAGCUAAAGAAAAAUGAGGAAAUGGAGAACUGGAUAUCUAAAGCUAUACAACAUCAGACAAAUCUUAUUCUGAAAAUAAGUUCCAAAGGAAUUGAAAAUAUUGAGACUGAAACUAGAGCAAUUGGUGAAACAAAAGCAAACAAUGAACAAAUUUUUACUUGCGACUCCUGUUCUUAUACUACUAGGUUUUUUGGCUAUUUUGAAAGACAUCAAAAAAGUCAUUCGCUAAAAAUGUAUUCUUGUGGACACUGCGCUAUGUCUGCUUCUAGAAAACAAGUUGAGGAUCACAUCAAAAUUAGCCAUCCUGAUAAAGAAAUUGUUUUGUUAAAUUGUUCAGUAGAUGAAUCCAAUGAUGAUUUACAAAAUCUUUUGAGGCUUACAAUGAUGCUUGUCAGCAUAUUGAGACUCACAUUAAACCAUUUUCAUGUAAUUAUUGUCUUGAUGGAUUUUCAUUUCCAGACACAUGCCGUGCCAAAUAUCAAAGAAAAAAUUCAAGAGGCCAUUAAUAGAAUUGAUGUUAUUUAUAAAAAAUGUGAUAAUGUUUUUGACAAUGAUUCCUUUUUUGCUAAUGAAUGCAAAAAAAUGAAAUUAUUAGGAAAUGAAGUACAUAGAGAGAAGGAUAGUUUAUAUACUUCACCAAAUUCGAUUACAACGUUUGAUUUACCUACUUCUUCUACUGAAUCACAAAAAGGAUCUAGAUCACUUAUACGAACAGUUGCAAAGAAGUCUACCACAAAGCUUUCUUGCAAAGUACCAAUGGCUAAAAAGAGCACAUCUAAACAAAGAAUUAGGAAUGAAGAAAUGUUUCAGUCACAUUACAAAAAAAGUACUAAUUACAAUAAUAGUGGCAUACAUACUGUAAUAAGUUUAGGAGGAAAACCAAUGAGACUGAGUAUUGAAAAUCUUCAAGCUAUUACAAAUAUUCAUCCUACAUUGAAAAUCAUCGACAUUAAAAGUCAAUUGAAAGAUGAAAAAUUUUUAACCAUACUUAGAUGA